CUCUCCUUUUUCUCACCCCUUUAUUUCUUGUUCCUUCCUUUCUCGCCGCAGCCAAUUCACCGGCCUAUUUUCCCGUCCAAACCUCGCCGCCUGAGAAUUUUCCGGCUCUUUGAAGGGGAAAAAAAUUCCUACGCUUACUAAGAAAUUCGAAGAAGCUCUGAACCAGCAGUGGCUCACUGUUUUCUCUUCGAUUUUCUUCUUCUUCUUCUUCAACAUUUCAUUCUCUGUUUCUACCUUGAAUCUUACGAAAAAGCUCCCUUUGCCAUCCACAGUUUCUUGUUUCUAAUUGCAACAAAAACCAGUGGACUAACCCACUGGAUUGUGAAAGAAAUCGAUUCUCCGAAGCACGAUUUUUUUUAGGGUCGAUUUUGAAAGAGAAAGUUAUUGAGAGAAAUGUCUUGCACCACUCUUAGUCUUGGAGGAGGAUCAUUCAAGUUUUGUAGCAUUGAUAGGGGCUGCCAGAUAAAGAAUCAUCUCCGAUUCUCUAAUGGGUUUGUGCGCAAUGGACGAUGCAAUUUAGUCUGUAACUCUGCAAUGUCUUUCUCCCCCCUUAGCUUCCAUUCUCUUCCACGUCAGGAUUUUCAAUUCCACCAUCGUUCACGUUUCUCCUCCCAUGUCAUCAACUGUUCUACUUUUAACUCAGAGGCGUCAAUCUCUUCUAAUAAGGCAAAUGACGAACGAGUUAUUGUAUUGGUGAUUGGUGGAGGAGGGAGAGAACAUGCGCUUUGCUAUGCACUGAAGCGCUCUCCUUCCUGUGAUGCUGUGUUCUGUGCACCAGGCAAUGCCGGGAUUUCGAGCUCGGGCGAUGCCACUUGUAUUCCUGACCUCCAUAUCGACGACAGUGCUGCUGUCAUUUCCUUUUGUCGAAAAUGGAAUGUAGGAUUGGUUGUUGUAGGCCCUGAGGCCCCUCUUGUUGCAGGGCUUGCAAAUGAUUUAGUGAAGGCUGGGAUUCCUACUUUUGGCCCCUCAUCUGAGGCUGCUGCUUUGGAAGGCUCCAAAAAUUUCAUGAAGCGUUUGUGUGAUAAAUAUGGAAUCCCCACUGCAAAGUAUCAAUCCUUUACAGACCCUUCUGCUGCAAAGCAAUAUAUUCAAGAACAAGGCGCCCCUAUAGUCAUCAAAGCAGAUGGAUUGGCUGCUGGAAAAGGAGUUGUUGUCGCUACGACAUUGGAGGAGCCUUAUGAAGCUGUUGAUGCAAUGCUUGUGAAGGGUGCUUUUGGUUCGGCCGGUGGUUGUGUCGUUGUGGAAGAAUACCUAGAAGGAGAAGAAGCUUCCUUUUUUGCUCUUGUAGAUGGAGAGAAUGCCAUACCCCUAGAAUCUGCCCAGGAUCAUAAAAGAGUAGGGGACGGUGACACGGGACCUAAUACAGGUGGUAUGGGUGCUUACUCCCCAGCUCCUAUCAUAACAAGGGAGCUUCAAAGGAUAGUCAUGGAGUCUAUAAUUCUACCUACGGUAAAAGGAAUGGCAGAAGAGGGUUGCAGGUUUGUUGGGGUUUUGUUUGCUGGCCUUAUGAUUGAGAAGAAGUCUGGCUUGCCAAAGUUGAUUGAAUACAACGUACGCUUUGGGGAUCCGGAGUGUCAGGUGCUGAUGGUUAGGUUGGAAUCAGACCUUGCAAAAGUUCUUCUUGCAACAUGUAGAGGAGAGCUAACUGGGGUUUCACUGAAUUGGUCCCCGGGGUCUUCGAUGGUGGUCGUGAUGGCGAGCAAGGGCUAUCCUGGGGCGUACGAGAAGGGAACUAUGAUUCAAAACCUCGAAGAAGCAGAGGUCGUUGCUCCAUCUGUUAAGAUAUUUCAUGCUGGCACUUCUUCCGACUCCGAAGGCAACUUCAUUGCUGUUGGCGGGCGUGUUCUUGGGGUUGCUGCAAAAGGCAAAAACAUCGAAGAGGCACGGGACAGAGCAUACCAAGCAGUCGAGGAAAUCCGUUGGUCGGGUGGGUUCUACAGGAAGGAUAUAGGGUGGAGAGCUCUAGAAAAGCAAUUUUCUUUGCAGGAAUAAUGCACAAGUUUGAGAAUUAAUAGGAACAUGUAUGAGUUCACGUCUUCAUGAAUAAGUUCUCACUUAUUUCUUCAGCUGUUGGGGGAAACUAUCUGUUGUAUAAAAAACUAAUGAUGAAUGUUCUUGAGCUUCAGCCAUUGCUUUCCCUUCAAUCCAUUGAUGUAAUCUCGGAUUGCCAUCCAUGAAAUUAACCAAAUAGUUUAAUCCA